AUGCGUCUCUUGUCUAUUUCGCUUCUCUUUUCCCUUGUGGGCAUCGCCUCGAUUGUCAAGUCUGAAGAGCACUUUGGCGAGUGCAGCCAGGACGAUAGCCACGGGGCUUGCAGGUAUGAGCCAGAUGAUGGAAUCGAGCUGGAAGAGCCUUGUGACCCGAAUUCCCCGUGCACAGUCGCGGAUGCUAUAUGCUACUACGACGACGGGGAUCCAGAUAACCUUGCCGAGUGCUCUUGA